UGUUAUCUGUGAGUUUUAACCAGUGCUGUUUAGGUAGGGUAUCUGGCUGUGGUUUCAAUCUGACCCAGUGAAUUAGAACUGUUCAGGGGAAGUUUGAGAGCAGUUUUGACAAAAGAGGUAAGCCAUUGUAGGGGCAUUUCACUGACCAUGUGCCUAGCUUCAGGACUCACGCCUGACUCCAGCAGGAUGACAGCGAAAGAUGAAGAGGAGCCCAGGAUUUCCUCCUCGCCACCCAUCCCCAAUCAGUCCACAUUUGCAGGGCGCAGGCUACGCCUGUCCAGCUGGGCCAGCUCUGCUGCGCCAGCCACCCGGGACCCGGCCUGUAACUGGAGCUGCCUGCUGUCAGGGCUGGUGUCUCUCAACAUCCUCCUGCUGGGCUGCGCCAUGGUCAGUGCCAGCGUCUUCAACACGGUGAGCAUCACCACCACCCACCUGCAGGUCUACCUCAUCACCAUCAUGAUCCUUAGCUCCUGCUGGAUGGUCUACUACAUCAUCUACAUCGCCCGUGGGGAUCAUGCUGUGCUGUACAAGGAUGGCCAUGCUGGCCCCAUCUGGCUCAGGGGGGGGCUUAUUCUUUUUGGCUUAUGCAGUAUGAUCAUGGACAUCUUUAAGAUUGCCUACUAUGUGGGCUAUCUACAUUGUGACUCAGCUGUUAAGGUUGUCUUCCCCAUCAUUCAGGCUAUAUUCAUUUUUGUACAGACAUACUUCCUUUGGCUCCAUGCCAAGGACUGCGUUCAGCUCCAGAGAAACAUAAGCCGUUGUGGCCUGAUGCUGACCUUUUCCACAAAUCUGAUGCUGUGGAUGACAGCAGUGACUGAAGAGUCUCUGCACCAGACAGUGAUUCCCACAUCAAAUACCAGCAGAAUGUCUCGCAGCGAUGCAAUGCGAGUGAGCUCAAAAGACCAGUGUGAGUGCAGCCACUCCGCCUGCGGCAUCUUUGAACAGGCCUCCAAUUACCUGUACCCCUUCAACAUCGAGUACAGCCUGUUCGCCUCGGCCAUGACCUACGUCAUGUGGAAAAACGUGGGUCGCCUGGUGGAUGAGCACCACCACCACCACCUGCUGCGUUUCCACUUGCGUGACGUGCUGCUGGGCCCCAUCAACGGCCUGCUGGUGCUGGUGGCCGGCCUGGUCACCUUCAUCGUCUACAAGGUGGACGUGCAGGAACAGGACGAGGCCAAGAGGGAGGAGGCGCUGCGUAUGCAUUACAUCAUGAACACGGUGGCCUACGCUAUGAUGUCGGCCUCCACCCUGGCCGGCUGGGUCCUCUACGGGCUGGAACAGCGGGAGCACGUCUCGGGGAAGAACCCCACGCGCAGUCUGGACGUGGGGCUGCUGCUGGGAGCGUCCAUGGGCCAGUUCUCCAUCUGCUACUUCACCAUCGUGGCGGUGGUGGCGACGGGGACGCAGGGCGAGCUGGACGUGCUCAACCUGGUGAGCGCCGUGCUGGCGGUGAUUCAGCUGUGCCUGCAGAACGGCUUCAUCAUCGAGGGGCUGCACCGGCAACCGUACGCGCCCAUGCCCUCGCAGGUGUUCGCUAACGCGCUCGCCGCGCGCUGUCACAGCGACAGCACACUCAUGGUGUCAAAGGUUGGCACUGUCGUGACGAGUGAUGUUUCACAGACGCACACACUUCCACACUAUAGUCCUGCACGUCUGAACUGGAAGAGACGGGGACUGAAGGAGAUCUGUGCCUUUUUGAUGCUUUGCAACAUCACUUUAUGGAUCAUGCCAGCGUUUGGUGCCCGGCCACAGUUUGAAAACCGUCAUGGGCACGAUUUCUACGACGUGUAUAUGUGGGUAGCUGUGGUGAAUAUUGGCCUGCCAUUUGGCAUCUUCUACCGUAUGCACUCGGUGGCGGGACUGUUUGAGCUCUACGUCAUCUCCUGAUCUCCGUCAUCUCCUACCCUCACUCCAAGGGCAACCUCUCCAGCAUUCAAAUAAAUGUGGAACAGGACAUUACCCCACCAUGAAAUUCAGAAUGGGUGUAAAAUGUUUUCUUAAAAUUGUAUCUUAUCUCAUAUUCCUGCUCUAAUCCUCAAAGAGCUGCUGUUUCCAUACCAUUCAUUUUCAAUUGGCCGUCUGGUAACGGCUGGCUAGGGGUCUGUAGAAUAGAUAUUAUUUUAUUUGUUUGUGUACAUGAACAUAGAUGUAGAUGGGUGACUUGCCAGACCAGAGUAGGGUGUGUUUGUCUGCCUGGAAUGUGUAAAAAAUAAAUAACUUCUUUUUGUUUUAAUUAGUAUUGUAACACUCUGUGCUCCUGAGCUCAAGCAACGGAGUUUCAUUCCUCACAGACAUACACACUUCAAUAAUUGGCUGACCAAUUUAAAGCACUGAUCCUUUGAUCAAGAGAAUGUAUAUGUAUGUACUGUAUGUAAUCAGACUUUUCUUCAGCCAGAGAUGGGUAUGCCUCAUUGUUAAAAGUAUUUAACUUUGUGUUGUCAUGGAUAUGUUGAGUGUACACAAUUGUGCAAGCGGUUAUAUUGAUGUUGAGUAUGAGUUUGUGUGAGGACAGCCCUUUAUCUAUCACCAUGUUACUUCUUCCUCUUUUUUCCCCCAACUAGUAAUCAAAUUUCAAAUUUCGUUUAGUUUCGUUUGUGUCAGUGUGUAUUUGUGUGUGAAAAGUAGCUGUAUAACCCCUCCUCCCCAAAAUAGUCAUAGUAAAUUGUUUCUAAACGAGA